CUACCUUUCCUUCCGCCUCACGUGAUGCGCGGCGCGUUGCUAUGGUGCUGGCCUUCGUGUUGCUGUCCCCGGGCGGACCUGCCCCGGUAGGCCCGGGGCCCUGCCGCGUGCUGUACGCGCGGUCCUUCGGGCCGCCCCCGCAGGGCCGCCUCCUCCGUAAGGAGCAGCUACUGGCGGUGGCCAGGCAGGUCGCCAGCCAUUGCCACCUGCAGCAAGCAUCUUCUGGCCGCCCCCCAGCUUCCACACUGCCCGAAGAUCCCGCACCGCUCCAAACAGCCCCGGGGGGGCUCUUCCAGUUGCCUCCCGGAGACCCCUUCCCCGGACGGGUGACGGUGACGUGGCUGGCAGCGACGACUGUGGCUUUUGCUCUGGUGUGUGAACCCCACGAGAACCUGACGCUGGCCGAGAGCACGCUGCGGCUCCUGGCGGGGCGGCUCAUGGCCGUCCUGAGGCCGCCCGGACCCAGCGUCCUGCUGCGGCCUGACGCCGCCGACCUCCUGCUCGACCGCCUGCUGCCCCACGGGCAGCUCCUCUUCCUCAGCCAGUCCUUCCUGCAGGCCCUGGAGCGGGACGGGGGUGGCAAGGUGGCACGCUGAGCUGGCCUGGGGGGGCUUCGGGGGAAAGGAUGGGAAACCACGGACAGUCGUCGUGGGGAAGGACAGGGAACCAGAGCUGGUCUUCUGGAGGGGAAGGGUGAGAAAGCAAGGAUGGUCUUUUUGGGGAAUAAAGAUGGGAAAACAAGGAUGGUCCUUCUGCCGAAAAAAGGGAUAAGAAG